AUUGCAACAUACUGACAGCUAGCAGAGAAAACAGCCAAGCUAGUCAACUAUUAGCUAAAGAAAGCAGCUAUUUUCACACAAAAACAUACGUUGAAAUGUUUAAGAGAAAACUGACAGCGUUAGACUAUCACAACCCCGGUGGAUUUGACUGCACAGAUGAGACUCAGUACAGAAACUGCAUCGUGUGGCUGGAGGACCAGAAGAUUCGGCAUUAUAAGAUCGAGGAGAGAGGAAACCUGAGGAACAUCCCGAGCUCAGACUGGCCCAAAGCCUUCCACCAGUACCUGCAGGACCUGAACUGUCCGUUCGGAGGUGAGCAGCAGCCGGAGGCAGUGGACUGGUUGCUGGGCCUGGCUGUAAGAUACGAAUAUGGAGACAAUGGUGAGAGGGCAGUAUUGGACAAGUAUAAGAACUGUAAGCCGCUGGCAGCCCCCACCAACAGUGACAAGGCAGUGGACCCCCUCCUCAACCUUGACGGUGAUUCACCAGAUUUCAAAGCAGGAGUGACAGCUCUGGCUAACAUCCUGAAGAUACAGCGACAUGACGACUACCUGGUGAUGCUCAAGGCUAUUCGUAUUCUGAUUCAGGAGAGACUUUCUCCAGAAGCCAUCACUAAAGCCAGCAAUAAUAGAGAGGGUAUUCCAGUAGCUUUAGACAAGCACGUCUUGGGUUUUGACACUGGAGAUGCCGUUCUGAACGAAGCGGCUCAGAUCCUGCGCCUGCUGCACAUCGAGGAGCUGAGGGAGCUACAGACGAAGAUCAACGAGGCCAUCGUCGCCGUUCAGGCCAUCAUCGCCGACCCAAAGACAGACCACCGGCUGGGCAAGGUCGGCAGAUGAGAGCGAGGAGGAGGAGGGACGCUGGAGGAAGAAGGGAGGGGCUGAACCACGGGAGUUUUAAUUUGAUUUUGAGAGGAGAAGCCUUUGUUGGAGUUUUGUAUUUAAUUGAUCAGAUAUGAAGUAAAUGCCAAAUUUUCACAUGCUGUCUUUCCUUUUUGUACUGCAGCAUGGAGGAGUUUACACUACACGUUAGAAUCGUUUUUGAUUUACCAGAUUUCCGUUAACAUCUUCAUUUCUUCAUACUGAGGUAGAAUGGUAUGAUCAUCUCCUGGUUGCCGCAGUGUCUCCCUCAGUGGAAAUGACACAGAAGCUGAUGAAAUAUUCGAACGGUUAUAUUUGUAUCUUUUGUUUCCAGAGGUUAUUUUGAAAACGUUGUUGCUGUGCGGGAAAUGUAUAAAUACAGCUGAAGAGAUUGGCA